GAGCAGAGUAGAAUGGAGGAACCAAGAAAACUCAAAGGUCACAAAGCCAGCACCACUUGCUGUAUCGCCUCUCAAAACCGCCCUGGUCUUAUUGCCACUGCAGAUGAGGAUGGCUGUGUGUGCUGGUUCGAUUUGAGGUGCAAAGAUAAAAUCUUUACAAUGGAUGUUGGAAAUGGUAACCCAGUUUCAUCAAUAUGUUUCAAGCCAGGAAAUGAAGAUGUUGUUUAUGUCUCAUUGGGCAGUGAAGUCAAAUGCUUUGAUGUGAAUAUGGUUACUGCAUCGAAACUGUUGCACAGUUACAAUUACAACAAGGAUGAGAUAAAUCAGAUUGCUUGCAGCUCGAAGUCAUCAUUCCUCGCUGCAGCAGAUGAUAGUGGUGAUGUCAAGAUCAUUGACAUCCGCCAAAAUCGCAUGUACAAAACAUUGAGAGGUGGCCACACAAGUAUAUGUAGCAGUGUUCAAUUCAUCCCUUGGAGACCUUGGGAAGUCAUUACUGGGGGUCUUGAUUCAAAAUUUGUGCUAUGGGACUUCUCCAAGGGACGGCCGCGGAAGAUUUGGGACUUUGGCACACUUAAUGCAGGAAAUAAAGGUAAUACGGGACAAUGUUUGAAUCCUGCCUUUGUUCAUGCUCUGGCUCUUCCUGAAGUUGAUGUGGUGGAUAAAUUUGUGAAGAUUUGUGCUGUGGCUAGGGGUGAUGGAGUUGUUUCUGUAAUAAACGUUGAGUCAGAGCUCAAUGCUGUCAAGUCUAAGAGUUCGGCUAAACCCAAGAAAGGUUCUAAGUCAACCCCUAAAGUUGGCGGUUCUUCUGCUGAUCCUGAAAUUGAGAAUCAAAAUGGAGGAGACCUGCACCUUGAUCACUCUUUGGGAGGACACACUGCUGCUGUAUCCUGUGUGACUUUUUCCACAUUUGGAGACAAAGGGAAGUUCAUAAUUUCAGGUGGAAAUGACAGACAAGUAAAAGUAUGGGAUUGGUCUAAGUUUUUCAUGGCUGGUGAGACAAGCAGUGGCACCGAUUUCCUUCGUUCUAGCUUAAGUUUGAGCAGAAAAGUAAAUUGGCUAUGCACAACUCCUACUGAUUCAGAGAACCUAAUUGUCUGUGAUACAUCCAAGAUAGUGAAGGUUUACAACAUCGGGUGCAUGGCUUUGCCAAACAAAGUGGAAAAAAUGAUGGAGUCAGGGGUUCCAAUAUGCAACAUUUGCGGCGAACAAGUGGGGUUAGCUAAUAAUAAUGGUGAAGUCUUUGUGGCUUGUCAUGAGUGUAACUAUCCUGUUUGUAAGACUUGCAUAGAUUAUGAGAUCAAAGAAGGACGCAACACAUGUCUACGCUGUGCAACUCCAUAUGAUGAAAAUGAGCAAGAAUCUACAAACCAUGCUAUAGUGGCUUCUCAUCCUGAUACUGCACAGGAUGCUGGAGUUCAUGCUAGAACUGUCAGUUUUGUUUCAACUGUGGACAGCGAAUAUCAUGAUGAUACCGGGAAUCCAAUAUGGAAGAAUAGAGUGGAAAGUUGGAAGGAAAAGAAAAACAAGAAAAAGAAGAACCAAAGUAAAGCUGUUGUACAAGAAGCUGCUGAAGUUCCACCUGAGCAGCAGAUGGAAGAAAAGCCACAGUUAGCAGAUGCUGCAGAGCCACUUUCAAGAAUCAUUCCAGUGCCGAAGUCUCAAAUUACUCCAUACAGGAUUGUAAUUAUUGUUCGAUUGAUAGUUCUCUGCUUUUUCUUCCACUAUAGAGUAACACAUCCAGUUGAAAGUGCCUAUCCCCUGUGGUUUACUUCUGUUUUCUGUGAGAUCUGGUUCGCUUUCUCGUGGGUGUUGGAUCAGUUCCCUAAAUGGUCUCCUAUCAACCGAGAGACAUAUCUUGACAGGCUUUCUGCAAGGUAUGAAAGGGAGGGAGAACCUUGUCAGCUUGCACCUGUAGAUUUCUUUGUCAGUACGGUGGAUCCCAUGAAAGAACCUCCAUUGAUUACUGCCAACACUGUUCUCUCGAUCCUUGCAGUUGACUAUCCUGUCGAGAAAGUAUCCUGCUAUGUAUCCGAUGAUGGUGGCUCAAUGCUUACAUUUGAGUCACUAGCUGAGACUUCUGAAUUUGCAAGGAAAUGGGUACCAUUCUGCAAGAAAUUUUCAAUUGAACCGCGUGCGCCUGAGUUCUACUUCACGCAAAAGUUUGAUUACUUGAAAGACAAAGUGCAGCCUUCUUUCGUCAAGGAGCGCAGAGCAAUGAAGAGAGAAUAUGAAGAGUAUAAAGUAAGGGUAAAUGCUUUAGUUGCCAAGGCUCAGAAAACACCGGAGGAUGGCUGGACCAUGGCAGAUGGAACUCCUUGGCCAGGAAACAACCCGCGUGAUCAUCCUGGAAUGAUUCAGGUUUUCUUGGGACAUAGUGGUGUCCAUGACAUUGAAGGAAAUGAACUUCCACGACUCGUUUACGUCUCAAGAGAAAAAAGACCUGGUUAUCAACACCACAAAAAAGCUGGUGCUGAAAAUGCUCUGAUACGGGUGUCUGCAGUUCUCACAAAUGCACCCUAUAUUCUCAAUCUUGACUGUGAUCACUACGUCAAUAACAGCAAAGCCAUUCGUGAGGCUAUGUGUUUCCUAAUGGAUCCACAAGUCGGCAGAGACGUCUGUUAUGUGCAGUUCCCUCAGAGAUUUGAUGGGAUUGAUAAAAGUGACAGAUAUGCCAACAGAAACAUAGUCUUCUUUGAUGUUAACAUGAAAGGUUUGGAUGGCAUCCAAGGACCUGUAUAUGUCGGUACAGGAACUGUUUUCAAUAGGCAAGCACUUUAUGGUUACAGCCCUUCUAAUCUGCCUACAAUACAUAAAUCUUCUUCAUCUUUCUCUUGCUGCUGUCGCCGCAAGAAACCAGCCAAAGAGAAGGAUCUUACUGAGGUUUAUCGUGAGGCAAAAAGAGAAGAUCUGAAUUCCGCAAUCUUCAACCUAAGAGAAAUUGAAAAUUAUGACGAUCACGAGAGGUCCUUGCUUAUCUCUCAGAUGAGUUUUGAGAAAACUUUUGGCAUGUCAUCCGUGUUUAUCGAGUCUACAUUGAUGGAAAAUGGAGGAGUACCUGAUUCUGCUAAUCCAUCGACACUGAUCAGGGAAGCAAUUCAUGUUAUCGGCUGUGGUUAUGAAGAGAAGACAGCAUGGGGAAAAGAAAUUGGUUGGAUUUAUGGUUCAGUGACAGAGGAUAUUUUGACUGGCUUCAAGAUGCAGUGCAGGGGAUGGAGAUCAAUAUACUGUAUGCCGUUGAGGCCUGCUUUCAAGGGGUCAGCUCCUAUCAACUUGUCAGACAGGUUGCACCAAGUUCUUCGAUGGGCUCUUGGAUCGGUUGAGAUUUUCUUGAGUAGGCAUUGUCCUUUGUGGUAUGGAUUUGGAGGCGGCCGCCUCAAAUGGCUCCAAAGACUUGCCUACACCAACACCAUUGUCUAUCCUUUCACUUCACUUCCCCUCAUUGCAUACUGUAUUCUUCCUGCUGUUUGCCUUCUUACAGGAAAAUUCAUCAUCCCUACGCUAUCGAACGUUGCAAGUAUACUCUUCCUUGGUCUUUUCCUUUCCAUCAUUGUAACAAGUGUGCUCGAGCUACGAUGGAGUGGUAUAGGCAUAGAGGACUGGUGGCGUAACGAGCAGUUCUGGGUGAUUGGUGGUGUCUCUGCACAUCUGUUUGCAGUUUUCCAAGGAUUCCUCAAAAUGCUUGCUGGUAUAGACACAAACUUCACAGUGACAACCAAAGCAGCAGACGAUGGAGAGUUUGCCGAUCUCUACCUAUUCAAAUGGACAACAGUCUUGAUCCCUCCAACCACAAUUCUCAUUGUCAACUUAGUUGGUGUUGUUGCUGGUUUCUCUGAUGCACUCAACAAAGGAUAUGAGGCUUGGGGUCCUUUAUUUGGCAAAGUGUUCUUCUCAUUUUGGGUGAUCCUUCAUCUUUAUCCAUUCCUCAAAGGUCUCAUGGGACGCCAAAAUCGAACUCCAACUAUUGUUGUGCUAUGGUCUGUUCUGUUGGCUUCUGUUUUCUCACUUGUUUGGGUCAAGAUUAAUCCAUUUGUCAGCAAAGAUGACCCUUCAGCCAUGGUUCAAAACUGCAUCGACAUGGAUUGUUGAGCUUCGAACAAGUUUCUUGAACCAUCCCACAUGUUUGAUAAUGUAGGCUUUUUUUUCCAUGUAAUAUGGAGGUGAAAACUCUUCAAUUCUUGCACAGUUUGAGCAGCUUGUAUCAGUUUUUCCAGUAGAAGAUUUGUUUGGAAAUAGAAUGUUGAACUUUUAAUUGAAACUUUUGAAAUUACAAAGGUAAAGUUGAACUGAUAAUGAAAAGUACUAUGGUACUUAAGAUUAAUGGAAUUCUUUUCUAGUCUUUUGAGUUUUCUGAUAGUUCUAACUGAACUGGUAAACACACUUUAGACUCAAAA